AAAAACCUGGUGAAGAGGCGUUUGAGUGGAGUCAUCAGAGGGAAGAUCUCAGGAGUGUCAGGACUGAAGGCCUGUGUAUCCUCCCUGCUUAGAUUGGGAGACUGUCCUUCCUGCCUGUUGUUACCAAGGAAAGUGAUAAUGGCUGAGCCCCAUAACACCCAGUGCUGCAACCUCCAAGACAGUGGUCAGGCCCAACAGGAGUUAGCCAAUGCCCAGGCUACCUUGGCUGAAGGAGAUGAGGAGGAAACAAGCACCACCUCCCAUCAGGUGUAUGGUGGUGGAAUACCAAGUCCUCCCCAGAGUCCUCAGAGAGCUUCCUCUCCCUGUGUGGCACUGGCCUCCAUUCCUGAUGGCCCAUCUGAGGAAGCUUCCAUCAAACCAUCAGAAGAGCUGGAAGAUCCACUAUAUUUGUUGCACCGUGCACAGUACAUAAAGGUGUGUGACUUGGUGGAAUUUCUGCUUUGCAAAUAUCGAAUGAAGGCAUUCACUACCAAAGCAGAAAUGCUGGAGUGUGUUGGUAGAGCGUAUGAUGAGUACUACCCUCUGAUCUUUAGUGAGGCCUCUGAGUGCUUGAAGCUGGUCUUUGGCAUUGAUAUGGUAGAAGUGGACGCCUCUGUCCACUCCUACAUCCUUGUCACUGCCCUGGGGAUCACCUAUGAUGGGAUGCUGACUGAUGUCCAGGGUAUGCCCAAGACAGGCCUCCUCAUAGUGGUACUGGGUGUCAUUUUCAUGGAGGGAAACUGUGUCAGUGAGGAGAUUAUCUGGGAAAAACUGAAUAACAUAGGGUUGUGUGGUGGGAGGGAUCCUUACAUACAUAAAGACCCCAGGAAGCUCAUCUCUGAGGAGUUUGUACAGGAAGGGUACCUGGAAUACAGGCAGGUGCCCAAUAGUGAUCCUCCUACCCAUGUGUUCCUCUGGGGCCCCAGGGCCUUUGCCGAAACCACCAAAAUGAAAGUCUUGGAGUUUUUUGCCAGUAUUGCUAAAACUCACCCCACAGCCUACCCUGAAAGGUAUGCAGAGGCUUUGGAAGAUGAGAUAGACAGGGUCCAGACCUGGAUCUAUCAACGCAUGCUUCAACAGGUCUGACCUGGGCACAUCCUAGUUCACUGGCAAUUCCCUUCUAACAUCAGGUCAGACCAAGCCACUAAUCGAGUAUUGUACCCUCACUUUAGAGCUGGUGGGAGGAGACCAUGGAGCAUUCUACUUUUAUUCUGUUUAGGUCACUUUAGGAUUCUUG